AUAAGAUUCGUCGAAGGCGUAUUCAGUUGUUGCGUUCGGUUUGGCCUGCCCGUUCCGUUGGUCCACGGUGAGCGAACGACUGUCGCACGUCGUCAUACGCAAUUGUCGUCGGUGGUGGCAUCCCCCCGUUCCUGGAAACCGCUUUGUUGGCCGAAGUUGCGUAUUGCGAAACCCGUGAGCGUGACAAUAAAGUGCAAUAAAGUGCGUCAAGCAUGAUGAGUCGAUCGCUACACGCGGAUUGAAUGACACAGAAAGUUCGCCGCGAACGAAGGACGACCACUUUUUCGGUUCUCCCGUCGACGGGAACCUUCGACAGACGCUCGACCGUGGUUCCGCUCGGCAGGACAGACGCGCCUAUUGAUCCAUCGCCGUCACAGAAGCAUUACGGGAGCGAGCGUUUGGUCCGCAGGAUUUAGUUAGUAUAGUGCGUCGUGUGUUCGAUGGUGACAUCCGUCGGAUAGCGUUGCAACGCGAUUUGUCCAAUGAACUCGGAGGGACAACUUGUGGAUCUGGACUACGGAGACACAAGCACCAUACGCACAACGGUGGCAGCGAACGGUACCAAACCGAUAGCAACAAUAGUGCCGUUCAUCGACGAAUCUCCCACGGCUCGAGCUCUCCGCGAGCGCAUCAACCAGAACCAGGUUCCGAUCGGACUGAAACGGAACAACCUGUCGGUGCACAAGGUGCGGAACGGGCGGGUGCUGAGUCUGCAAGAUGCAAUCAUAAAUAAUCCCGCCAACAUCACCAUCAACGGCAGCGCCGGCAGCAGUCUGCUCGCGUUCGAAUCGCCGGUGGACGAGAAACAGAGCGUGAACGGUUCGCUUCUGGCGACCCCAGCCUCGACCGUGGCCACCACCGUGGACGGAGACGGUGGCGCCCUCAUCGUGCCCGACGUCAGCUUCGAAGGAAUUACGCUGGACUCCGGCAUCGACCGAGAAUCGCAGCCCCUGCUGGGCUCGCGCGAUCAUGAGAUUACGUACAAUCAGUUUCCCGAUGACCCACACUUCAGUGACUUAGUCUACUCGGCGGAGAUUGCUAUCGAUGCUGGAAUUUACCCGGAGCGUAUCUAUCAGGGCAGUAGCGGUUCGUACUUCGUGAAGAACCCGGCCAACAAAGUCGUUGCCGUGUUCAAACCGAAAGACGAGGAGCCGUACGGUCGUCUGAACCCGAAAUGGACCAAAUGGAUGCACAAACUGUGCUGUCCGUGCUGUUUUGGCCGUGCGUGUCUGAUACCGAAUCAGGGAUACCUCUCAGAAGCCGGAGCUAGUCUAGUGGACCAAAAACUAAACCUUAACAUCGUGCCGAAAACGCGGGUCGUACGGUUGGUGUCGGAAACGUUCAACUAUCCGCGACUGGAUCGGCAAAAGGCACGGAUAAAGAAAACGAUCAAGGAGCGCAUUCCGGCGGCCCGCUUCAACCGAAUGUCGCUCCCACCGAAAACCGGCUCCUUUCAGCUGUUUGUCGACGGCUACAAGGAUGCCGACUAUUGGCUGCGGCGCUUCGAGCAGGAACCGCUACCGACCCGGUUGGGUCAAAAGUUUCAACUGCAGUUCGAGCGACUGGUCGUGCUCGACUACAUCAUCCGCAACACGGACCGUGGCAACGAUAACUGGUUGAUAAAGUACGAUCAACCGUCAAUCCUAUCGGUGACACCGAAUGGUGGAACUGUCAACAGUCCGAACGGUGAUGGAACACCAAGCGCGAGCUCCAAUUUGAUACCUCGCAGCAGCAGCCGGCUGGAGAUGAUGGAGCACACCGACUGGAACUUGGUGCAGCUGCCGGAGAUUAAGAUUGCGGCGAUCGAUAAUGGACUGGCGUUCCCUUUCAAGCAUCCUGAUUCGUGGCGAGCCUAUCCCUACCACUGGGCUUGGUUGCCGCAGGCGAAGCAACCGUUCAGUCAGGACAUCAAGGACCUGAUACUGCCCUCACUGUCCGAUCUGAACUUCGUCGAGGAGCUGUGCAACGAGCUGUACGAACUGUUCCGGCAGGACAAGGGCUUCGAUCGGGGCCUAUUCGAGCGGCAGAUGUCUGUGAUGCGUGGUCAGAUACUGAAUCUAACACAAGCUUUAAAGGACGGCAAGAGCCCGGUGCAGCUGGUCCAGAUGCCGGCCGUCAUCGUCGAGAGAUCAAAAGUGAACCCAGGAUCGUCGAGAUUUUUCUCAUUCCAGCAGCGCUUCCAAAACAAGAGCCCCUUCUUUUCGUGGUGUUAAACCCCGAAACGGAAGCCAAAGUUAGGCAAAAAUGGAAACAAAUAAAUAGUACCACAAACGAAAAAUUAGCCCCAAGCUACUACCCACACCAACAACACCCAGGCGCCUCUCUCCGCACAGACGAGCAUCUCCACACAAGUAGAGUUAAUUGCGCUAAUAACAUGAUCUCUUCUCGAGCCCUGUCCUCGAUCGACGGUGAAAAAGUAGUUCGCGAGUUGCGAUCGUUCGAAAACUCGCUUUCGCGCACCAGGUGCCGGUGAUCUACACUAAUCGAAAUUCGUUAACCAUCGACCGGUGGCCACCGGCUUAGGGAAGAUGAAAGGUUUUAACAAAAAGCUGCUGCUCUGACGAUCACCCUCGGAGGGACGGACGCAGCGUUUAGUAAACGAACACUUUUAUACACGUUGUUUGGUGGCGAGAUGUAAAAACAAAGUGCAGAUACAUAAUGGAACGCUAAUGGCAGGACAAGCGCGACGGUACAUAAACACACACAGACACACACAUUACGUAAAUCUUCUAUAUAUAGGAAUAUUUAAAAUCAAAAACGACCGCAACACUACUCGUGCGUACUAGACCAACAGAGGAAGUCACAAACGGCCAACAACAGUGCAUACGCGAACAAAGAAGGGGAAGCGUGAACAUUUGGACCACGAUUCCAAAUAGGUGUGUAGAAUGCAACGGUGAUCUAUUCGAAAUGGAAAGAAGCGCAAACCAUUAUCCUCAAACGGUCAAACGGGCUACAACAUAGACUUGUGGUGGCACAGUAGAGUUGAAUUUGUGAUGUUUCGUGGGCAGGUUUCCUUUUUCCCCCGGAGGUUGGUGCAGGGUUGGCGGCUGAAAUCAAUCACUCAGCCACGCAUGUAAAUUGUAGAGGAGUAUAGUAUAGAGGAGGAGCCCGCAGUUUGGUUCACGCAUUACAGCUGACCGAACGGAGCGAACGGAAACGAUCGAACAGCGAGCGGGGACCGGUUUCGCCCUGUGCGCAUGAAAUGAUUUUCAGUUUUCCUAAGUAGAUCCUAAGUAAACAACGAACAAUGUACCGUUAUUGGCACCGGUUAGGCUCCGGGCGAGCAUUUGAGAAACGAAGGUGACGGAUAUAAUCGAUGGAUCACCCACUAGUCCCUUAUAUUAAACGCAAACAUGGUGUAUAGCCCCACGACCGAAGUAGCAGCGAGAUUCUUUCGCAACACAUGUCAAUCUAUCACUAUAGUUCUCCAACUAAGCUCCCCGGGGCUGUCGCGCCUGCUUCUGCCAACCAUAACAGGGUUGGUGAGGGUUGCUUUCGAUUUCCUCAAAUCUGCAAGUCACACGCAGGAUCGCAGGAUUCUGCCGGCAAACAGAGCGAAGCCCCAGGACCUCAUAUGGGUCCUGUCCAUCUCUAUCACUUUUCUGUCUCUUUUUAUCUUUACUUUCCCCAAACGGUGCAGCGUGUGGCCGCAAACCACGGUUGGCGGAUACAGAGUAGGUAGCAACACUAACACAAAAGGAAAUUAAAUCGCGAAACGACCAAGUUGCAUAUUUUCCUUUCGGUUCGGUUCGGAUGAAGUGUCUCGACAAGAGUUUAAAGUUGCCCCAACUUUGGCUCUAUUUUUGUUACUGUCCUAAUUUUUCGACCUCGACCCGUUUGGCGAGUACCCUUCGGUUUCUGUAAUCUUGUUUGUAAAAUAUAAUUAAUGCUACU